AUGCACGCGUUCUAUGUUUUUAGCUCUUUAAUCUCUCUUCUGCUAUUUGUUGAUGCGUUACCUCAUAAACGAUCUACCCCGAUUAAAAUUCCAUUGAAGAAGUCAAUCACGAAUGAGAUAGUAUUGGACGAGGUAGACGGAGGUUUAGACAUCGAAUAUUACGGACCAAUCACUAUCGGCAAUCAAAAUUUUAAAGUAAAAUUCGAUACGGGAUCUGCUGAUCUUUGGGUUCCAUCUGUAGAUUGUGUUAAAGUUGCAUGUUAUAACAAAACUAGAUAUAAUAAAGAUAAGGAUCCAACAUUCAAAGCUCUUAACAACAAUUUCUAUGUCGAAUAUGCGUCAGGAUUUGCAUCGGGAAAGUCGGGGCAGUCAGAUUUUUCCAUUGCGGGCCUUCAGGUGAAAGGCCAAAGUUUCGGAUUAGUCGAUGAACUUUCUGAAAAUAGGAAAAAUAAACCAUAUGACGGUUUAAUGGGAAUGGCAUAUGAUAAUUUAAGUGAUAACAAGCAAAAAACACCAAUAACUUUACUUGCAGAACAAGGUCUAAUUGAUCCGAUAUUCGCCUUCAAGCUUGGAAGAGAUGCAGAUAAAACGGCGAGCGAAUUAACGAUCGGUGGGUGGGAUUCCAUGUUCAAUAAUAAGAUUUAUUGGACAAAUGUAGUGACGAGUAAAAGCAAGGGUUAUUAUUAUUGGGAAAUUCCCCUCGAUGAUAGCUUUGUCAAUGGUAAAUCGUUAGGAUUAGGCUUUCAAAAUCGUACUGUAAUUGUUGAUACCGGAACCACAAUUAUAUUCGUUCCGCCACAAGACGCCAAAGAAAUUUACAAAGGCAUUCAUGGUACUAACGGCACGUUCUUUUUUCCUUGCCAUAACGCGCCUAAAGUUAGCCUGAAAUUCGGAGGAAAAACUUGGGAUAUUGAUAUCAGAGAUCUGGUAACUUCAGUCGGUAACGGAUAUUGCAUUGGAAAUAUUCGGGAAGAUCCCACAUCAAUAACUCAAUGGACGCUUGGUGAUACCUUCUUAAAGAAUGUAUAUAGCGUGUUUGAUCAAAGUACUAAUCGCGUUGGAUUCGCAUCUUUGAUUUAA